GGCAGGGAGGGAUACAGGGAGCGGACGUGUGUUGGUGAGACUGAGAGGAAGGAUGCUUGCUGAUGUUUGCCUCAAAUGAGAACCACGGCUAGGAGAGGCAGAGACGUCUCUCUGAGGGACGCAUCUUGUUCAUCAUCUGCAGGGGAAGCGUUUGGAAAUGCCCGCUGAAGUGAAAGAGGAGCAGAGCUCAGAGGGUCCUCCUCUUCUCUCUCUGUCCCAGGAGGCCAAACAGCCCACCCUGGACAACCCCUCAACCAACGAUGAACUGGACACACCCACUUCUAUCACCUCCAUGGUCACGUCGACAAAUGACAGUUCCACUGAGAUCGACACACCACUGCAGACAGACACAGAGGAGUUCAAGGCUGGAGGGCACGAUGGUGACCCGGCACCACAUGAAAGUCAGGAGACCCAGAAGGAUAACUCUCCGACUUCAAACGCGCCGGAUCAAUCAUCAGAGUCCGGCAAUCAAGAUAAGAUUCAGUCUGUAACAAGCACUGAACCCUCUGAGCCGGUGAGACCAUUAAAUUCAACGCCUAGCAGCACCGCCACAGUCACACCGAGGCAGGUGCAGCCCGGUGAGACUCUCACGGCAGACAGCCAGACACGAGUUUAUGCUCCUCCUGACAACUACAGAGUGAUGGGUGGUGAAAUGUACAGUUAUGGAAGUCUGUCUCGCACCACGCACCACGGCUACUGGCCGACGAAAAAUUUCCAACCGGGGGUCCACUACACCUUACCUUUCUUGAGGGACAGCUUCGCACCAGCGGCUCAGACGGAAGAGGGCGGCCAGACAGAGAACCCUUCAGACAUGAAGACGAACCAGCCAGCGGCCAGCUACCCAACACUGGGGGGAAUUCACCAGUUCAGGCCAAUCACCACCAUGGAGCUGCUCAGAGAGCCUUCUAGAACCAGAGGUGGAUAUGACGAUGCCUUCAUGGCCCAGCUGGAGGGGAACUUGAAUCCCUUCUUCCAGGUCAUGUGUCGAGCACAGACUUUGCAGUUCCCCCACAAACGCAGCAGCAUGGUGAGCCUGGACAGCAUCCGCAGAGACCCCCGCUGGAGAGACCCCAACCUGCAUGAAGUCAUCUCCAUGCUCAGCCACCCGAUGGACCCGGUCAAGUCAAACGCUGCGGCUUACUUGCAGCAUCUCUGUUACGAGAACGACAGCAUCAAGCAAGAGGUCCGUCAGCUGAACGGAGUGCCCAUUUUGGUGGGAUUGCUGGACCAUCCCAAAGCUGAAGUCCACCGCAAGGCGUGUGGCGCGCUACGCAACAUAUCUUACGGGAAAAAUUACCACAACAAACUGGCUAUCAAGAACUGUGAAGGCAUCCAAGCUUUAGUGAGACUCCUGAGGAAGUCCAGCAGUGUGGAGGUCAAAGAAUUAGUGACAGGAACCCUGUGGAACCUGUCCUCACACGAGCCGUUGAAAAUGGCAGUCAUUAACCAGGGACUUCAAACACUGAACGACGAAAUCAUAAUUCCGCACUCGGGUUGGAGGAGAGACUCGAGUGACCCCAACAAACUGCAAAGUGCCGAAUGGACCACAGUGUUCAAGAACACCUCUGGCUGUCUGAGGAACGUGAGCUCCGAUGGCGCAGAAGCUCGGCAGAGGCUGAGAGAGUGUGAAGGGCUCGUGGACGCACUCAUCCACGCUCUUCAUUCAGCUGUCGUCAACAAGGACACCGACAACAAGUCAGUGGAAAACUGUGUCUGCAUUCUGAGAAAUCUGUCCUAUCACGUCCACAAAGAAAUACCCGGAGCCGAACGAUUUCAAGAGCCCCAUUCCAACCACCUGAUCAGGUCACUGGGGCCUCAGAAAAAAAAGACAGAACCCAUCUGCACUGGAGAGAAAAGAACUAAAGAGGAGUGGUUCAAUCAAGGGCUGGAGCUGCUUUACCAGCCAGAGGUCGUACGGCUCUACUUGUCUCUGCUCACGUGCAGUCACAACCACAACACCCUGGAGGCAGCGGCAGGAGCCCUGCAGAACCUGGCUGCAGGACACUGGAGCUGGUCCAGCUACAUCCGUGCCACGGUGAGAAAAGAGAAGGGGCUGUCAAUUCUGGUGGAGUUGCUGCGCUCGGACGUGGACAAGGUGGUACGAGCCGUGGCCAUCGCCCUCCGCAACCUGGCCAUUGACAAAAAGAAUAAAGAGUUAAUAGGGAGCUAUGGUCUGAGGGACCUGGUUGGCAAUCUGCCAUGUGGUCAGCAGCAUCCCGCCAAGAACCUGGAGGGAGAUACCGUGGUGUCUAUCCUCAACACGAUCCACGAGCUGAUCACUGAGAGUCCAGAGAACACGCGGGCGCUGAUCCAAGGCCACGCCAUCCAGAAACUAGUGACCAUCAGCAAGUCAAGCCAAUCCACCCGGGAAACCAAGGCUGCUGCGCACGUGCUCCAGACAAUAUGGGCCCACAAAGAUCUGAGGAGCAUGCUCAGCAAAGCUGGCUGGAACAAGAGCCACUUUAAGCCAAAUUCCACUGGAGCGACUAAAAAGUCUAAGAGUGGAAAACAAGGCAGCGAUGACAUCACCCUGCCUCUCAUGGAUAAAAACCAAGACGUGUACUCUACUCUGGAGCCGAAUGACAGAGUUGGUGAUGUUGCUGAGAGAGAUGCACUUCAGGCGACAUGUGAAAGGAAGCACUUCAUCAGAGCCGGUCGACCCGCAGUGGGCCUCGUGGAUAACAAGCCGCCGCCGCUGGACUCCUGGGUGUAGCCCCAACAAGAGGGGGUUCGAGUCUGUUGAGGAAGACAAAUUUAUGCAAUCUGAUCAUUGUUGUAGAGCAGAGAAGAAUAGUUCCGUUACAUACUUCCUUUGCAGGAAAUCAUGUGCCAAAUAUAUUUUCACGAUGGAGGGUUCGAGGAGGAACGUUCGACAAAUCUUGUCCGGGCAAAUUAUGAUGAGGUUUUGUAGAGUCCUGACAUUCACAUGAGGGAACAAAGUCGGCUUCAUUUCAAUGAGUCACCAUGCCAUUUCAUUCUUUGAGGAAAGUGCAUUUAGUGGCUCCUUGGAAAGUCACAUAUUUGCUUCAUGAUGACAUACACAAAGGUGAGGCUGAGGUUUGCAUCGUGAAGAUACAGAUUUUCAAGGGAGGGUCAAAUGUCAUGGUCUGGAAAUCCAUCACCCAACAACCAUCCAGGGUUGCUCAGUUUAGCCACAUGUAGACCACCAUGGAAUCCUCUGAAUCAAAAUGAAAAAUAACAAGAAUCAAACAGGAAAACCCCAGAAUAUGAACACAUUGACUGAAAGGUUAAUGCAUGCAUCAGGUGGCCUUUUAAAAUACAUGAAAAAAGAUGGAAAUUUGUAUCUGCCAAGUGACAGCAUAAAAAUGUCAUUUGCAUUUAUAAUGGUCAGAAAAACAGUUGUGGGCAUCUAUUACAUAGUAACUUUCCUCAAAUGAAUGCAACACAGUUGGAUAAACUGGGCAGGCAUUAUUUUACUGUGUAUAAGAUCAAAAGAUUUGUACUUCUGGUAAGGCUUAAUAGAAUAUAUACUGCUACAAAAAUAGUGUAUCCUGUUUUUGAUGGCCUCAUGAUCAAGAUCCGUUUUGUCUUUAAAACCGUCUUUCUAAGAAUCCGGAAUCUGAGAAUGGCCUGAUCUGUUAGUUUACUGAUGGAUGACAAGACUGUACAUGUGUAACAAAGGACUGUUAAUAAUCGAGAUGAAGGCAUUUAUACUGGAAUAUUUAUUGUAAUACUCAUGUUAUUAAUGGAUAGUUAAACAGUGCAUUAGCUAAUACCAGUACUUCAGUCCAAUCGUCAAUACAACUCUGCUUUGUCCUUUUUGCAUUGCCUUGUUGAUUUAGAAACAAAAUAAAGGAUGCAUAAUUUCUCA